AUGAAGCUUGUGACCAACUGUUUUAGAAGGAGAUGGAGGGAAGGAGUGGUUGUGAACUUGUUUAAGAAAGGAGACAGGACUGACCCAGGAAUCUACAGGGGGAUCACACUGUUGAACACAGUACGAAAGGUGUUCUGUAAGUUGGUGAACGAUAGGAUAGUGGGAGUAUUGGAGAAGGAAGAUAGCUUUAGUGAGGGCCAGGCAGGGAGAGUCAUCCAAGGUGGAAAGCGGGCGGGAAAGCCGACGUACUACUGCUUCUUCCUGGACGUGAAAAAGGCAAACAACACCGUAUGGAGAAAUGGGUUAUGGAAACAACUGUCCAAAAACGGGAUCAAGAGGAAAAUGUGGAGAGUGCUGAAGAAGAUGACAGAGUGCACGAAAAGCGCGGUCAUGCUAGACGGAGAACUGUCAAAAUUCUUCGACAUUGAGCAGGGGGUCCCACAAGGUUGCACGCUGUCCCCAACAUUGUUCCAGGUGUUCAUCAACGAUCUGUUGGAAGUCGUAGAGGCAGUCCGGAAGGGAGUAAAAGUAGGGGGCACGGAAACGUCGGUUUCAGGAAUGCUGUUUGCGGAUGAUUUUGUCGGUAUGUCGGACACCCCUGAGGGACUGCAACUGCAAAUUGACGCGGCGAAGAAGUUUACUGAUAAGUGGAGAUAGUUUACCAACGUUAACCCUUUUGUGACGGGAGUUACUGUGGCUCUUCCGGGAGACACAAAAAGCUGUUUACCACCAAAAGUCUGAAAUUUGGAAAUAGAAAGGGGAAGAAGGACGAAGAAGUCUGACCGGCCGCACACAUACGUUGCGAGCAGCGCCCGCGGAGUUGCGCGCAGCCAGCACGAGCAAAUAGAGCAUGUGCCGUGGCCGGGGCCGGGGAUAGAGUAUCAGGUACACCCCGAACGGUCUGAAGGGGGAAGGCCCACACCCACCAUGGACUUAGACUGCAAGUAUUCGCAACGGACACAUCGCAAUCACCCACAAACUAGAGAAAAAGGCUGGUUCGUAGCUGCUGCAUCAACACAGCACCCCGUACACGAUGGCUGUCUUCUUUCUCUCUCUCUCUCUCUCUCUGGUACCACGAAUGCCUCGCCCCGAGCGAUGGGCAAUCUAACAGUGUCCUACCCGUUUGAUCAGUGCCCUUCCGGUGCCUUUCAGUAGGCAACACAACAUUAGAAACACGCAGGAUCGGAUGCGAUCCGGCAAACGCGGUCGAACGCAUUUUGCUGAAGAUACAAAAUGCACAUCAACAGCACAUACAUCAUGCAACGUCUAGCACUGCCGUCAGGUCAUGAACGAGCCUUUACCGCCAUUGAGGACGUAGUCCUAUCCCUUGCAAGGACUUAGGCACAAGCACGCGGCGAAAGAUUGCGCAUGGCCCUCUGCCAAGCACGCCAGAACAGGUGUCACCCAGUGUAAAAAAUCAGUAUGAUUUUUUCACAUAAGCCACGCGGGACCGCUGUCCAUACGUAAUUAGACUAGGGUGAGAGAUUGAUGGAGAGGGAGAGUGUACUGAAAAAGUCCCGCAUGCCUUCAACGCCGAUAGCGAUGUCGAUACCCCACGGAGCCCCUCUGGCCAGCGCUACACACGCAGUUCACGUCGACAAUAAUGGACGACAUGGACGACGUAGCCGCUUUCUGGCAGCACCAUGCUGAGGGUUUCUGUCCACAGGGCAACCCGCUCGAAGUUUGGGAAGAAUUACUGCUCAUAGCAGCACAAACGCCUGAGCGUUUCCGCGAAGCUUUACAAGCGGCCGCAGUCGCUGUUUGUGCCCGGUACUGCAACCACGAUACUCCGCCGGGUCCGCUCCCUGAUAUCAGCAAACUGCCGGAGAGGCAGGCCGCCGUACAGCAACACGCUGGAUUCUGCGGAAAGUACUACGCGGAACACAUCGCCAGCAUCGACGUCACCAUGGUGAAAGAGAGGGCAGCAGGAGCUGAGAUCACAACGAAAAGAAUGAGGAAUCAGGCCUGCUACGACGCCGGGACGGCGCUCAACGCGCGAGGCCGUGGGGUUCAACUGAGGAGGCAGGAGUGCUUCACCAAGGCCUGCCGCGCGGUCUGGCCUGACGACCAGCCGCUGCUGCCCGCAGCUGUACUUGCCGCUCUUUGGAUGAAGUGUGUGGCGCACGUGCCAUCGGCUACGCACGCAUGGCAAGGUAGCCAUGUUGUCUGUUUUGAUGAAGCCGAGACCGGCGGGCGAAUGUGCUGGCUCGAUUUCCCAAUGGGCGAACGGGCUAGGGUAAUUGCAGCAUAUUCGACAUCAACCGAAUAUCAGCCAGGUCUCAAACAUGAACGGCGCACGUGUGUGUUGACGGGGCGGGCUUUGGUGUGUCCCUGUGUAUGCUGGAAAGGCUAGUUGUUCAUGUGCUGCUGCUAAUGGUGAAGGGUUGGGUCAACAUUCCGUAACACCUUCGUUGUGCAAAAAAAGUAGGAACACGAGUUCGUCACGGUUGUUGUCGGUCGCGCGGAGCAGGGCGGACUUGCACUCCGGGUGUCACAAAUGAAUAAACAUAAAUGAAUUUUAAAAAUGUGUUUGGCAAGAAAGACAUUCGGAAACGUGGUUCUAUGUCUCUUGGUUCUUUUGCGAGAGUUUCUUUCGUCUGUCCUUCAGGAAUAUCUCGGAGGGGAUUCCGACAGGUGCACGAGAACAUGUGCGUUCAAUUCGUUUGGCAUUCGAAAAAUUAGGCUCAUUUAUCCCACCUCAUAUCAACACAAGAAAAAGACGCAACAUGGGCCCAGUGUUGAGACCUCCGAAUUGCUGUCUCAAGUGGGCGACGGAGGUAGCGCCACCCCCAGUGACGUGGUUGACGCAGAUGUCAGCGAAGACAACGGCUUCCGAUGUCGGCGUUCCGAUGCUCGUAUUUUGUGGCCUUCGGGACCAGAAGACGGCGUGGAGAUGCGCGAGGAGUGGAUGUUAGGGGUGCCGAAUUUUGAUAGUUAGAUGAGAGCACCCGUCUAACAGAACGACACAGCAGUUAAGAAGUAAGGACAAAGCAGCAUAAGGACACAGCAGCAGUGAAGGUCUGCUGUUAUAAACGGACACACACUCACCAACAGCAGCUAACCUCGUCCCAAUCAUUGACUUGGGAGGCACACCAUCACACACAGCAGGCAGUAGUCUUAAGAUGAUACAUGCAUAGUCUAAUGNUACGCAGACACGACACAUAGACUGCUGGGGCUUGCACUGCUGCAAGGAAGGUUUACAGACACACAUGACACAGACGAUGCUGCAAGGUUCGCACAUAGGCAUCCACACAUACUGCCGUAUUAUGACCAUGCGAUCGACAGGGGUUUGAAAUUUUUUUAUUUUAAUAUUUGUGUAUGNUACAUGCAUAAUAUCCUACGACAGGCACAUGACACAUACAUUUAGUUAGAACAGGCAGUCAGCCAGCAACACUCGGGUUGUACGCAGACACGACACAUAGACUGCUGGGGCUUGCACUGCUGCAAGGAAGGUUUACAGACACACAUGACACAGACGAUGCUGCAAGGUUCGCACAUAGGCAUCCACACAUACUGCUGUAUUAUGACCAUGCGAUCGACAGGGGUUUGAAAAUCAAAAUUUUUAAUAUUUGUGUAUGCAUGCGUACCUGUCCUCUUUCCACGUUCAAUCCGUUCAGAAGAGAAUGGUAGCCACAGUUACCAUCUCCUCUGCACGAGACAGUCCUCAGUAGCUCCCGAGGUAUGACGAGGUAGCUCGGACAGAUUAAGUCCUGAAGCUCUCGAUGCUGUCCUUGCAAUGUGCCUCGGUCCAGGAUAAGGGCAAGGCGCUCCUGCAGGCUAAGUGCUCGGAUGGUGUGUUCGUAACGGUAAUCACUCAACACAUCAACGAGGAAGGCCUCUGAGUUUAUGGUUGGCAGCGGCAUAGAGCUCACAGCAAGAAGAAUCGAAAGCAAUCUCAUGCCGA